GGAACCCAGAGUCCUCUUACUGAAGCAUGCAGAUUUGGGAGUGAAGGAGUCCGAUCCGCUGUCACUUUCUCUUUGCAGAUUUCUUCGCUCUUCCAAAGGACGCACUUUGUUUGCCUUAUUGCGCAGGGCCUUACUCUCAGGACUGAAGCAUGGAUGACGAUUUUGAACAGCGCAGGGAGCUCAGGAGACAGAAACGGGAGGAGAUGCGCUUAGAAGCAGAGAGGAUGGCAUAUCGUCGGAACGAGGAGGAUGAGGAAGAGGUGGCUCGUGAGCGCCGGCGUAGAGCGCGUCAGGAAAGACUGCGCAGUAAAGAGAGCGAGGAGUCGCCCUACCAACCUCAGAGCACAGAGCUCAACAACAGCCAUAGCAUGACAGUGUCAGAGAGUAUCUCAUCCUCAGUUGUGACCUCCAACUGGGCAGGUGAGGGAGAUGAUGAAGAACAAGCCCUGCUGGAUCGGCUGGCAAAGAGAGAGGAACGUCGACAGAAGAGAAUGAAAGAGGCACUGGACAGACAGAAAGAUGAAGAGACCAGCAACAUCUCCCACCACAGUCUGGAGGACACCAGCAUUGGUCUGCGGCGUGGCAGGAGCUACGAAGCAGAGGAGGAGCAGAACACCAAGGAGGAAGAGAAAGAGGAGGUGAAACAGGUUGAAGAGGAGGAGGCCCUUACAAGGGAGGAAAGAGAGGAGGUGGUGGAGGAGAAGCCAAUGAGGUCUUACUGGAGAGAACAGGAAUCCAUUGAGAACAUUUCUAAAAUACCAGACAAGGACAGUAGUGAGCAGGACCAUGUGCCUUCUUCUAAAGUAAAUGAGGUCAUUUUAAACAAAGACGCUGAUGGUUCUGCAGUUGUAUCAGAGACAGAUGUGGAAAAUGGCACCACAGUAUGCACAGAAGGUGUACAGGAGGAAAAGAGUGAGACAGAGGAAUUGACAGACAAUGGAUUGGAUGUAAUGAGUGUUGCAGAAAACUGUGAGAAAACGAAGAAAGAGUUUUCAGAAACUGAUGAGGCUUUGAUUGAAGAUGAAGAUGUGACGAGGAAGAAUAAACAGCAAAAUGGAGGAGUGUGUGAUGACAGCCCUCCCAAACACAAGAAAGCCGAGAGGACUAUCAGUCGAAGCAGCCUGCGUUCUACUGAGGUGCCGGAGGCUGAUGACGCAGAUGGUGAAGAUGCCCGCUUGGAGGCUGAAAGAAAGCUGGAGGAGCUGAAGAGACGGAGGGAUGAGAUGGAGAGCGAGGAGUUUGAGAGAAUGAGGCUGAAACAGCAGGAGGCCGAGGUAGAGCUGGAGGAGCUAAGGAGGAAGAGGGAGGAGAGGAGGAAGGUGUUGGAUGAGGAGGAGCAACAGAAGAAACAGGAGGAGACUGAGAGGAAAGCCAGAGAGGAGGAGGAAAAGAGGAGAAUGAAGGAAGAGAUUGAGAAGAGGAGAGCAGAGGCCGCCGAGAGGAGACAGAAGGUGGAGGAGUCAGUGGACGGAGAGGCCAGGAAGCCCUUUAAGUGUGUCAGUCCCAGAGGAUCGUCCCUGAAGAUUGGUGAAAGAGCAGAAUUUCUCAACAGGUCGGCACAGAAAAGUUCUGUGAAGGCAUCUCACACUCCUGUAGUGUCUAAGAUUGAUAACCGAUUAGAGCAGUACACCACCGCAGUGCAGGGCCAAAAUGAGGUCAGAUCUCCCCGAUCAGCUGCCAUAGAUCUUCCCAUGGUGACGGACGGUAUUCGUAACAUCAAGAGCAUGUGGGAGAAAGGGAAUGUCUUCAGCUCCGGUGGGAGUCCGGCAUCCACCAACAAGGAUGCAGCUGGAAUAAAGGUGGGUGUGGCCGGCCGCAUCAAUGAUUGGUUGAAUAAAACUCCAGAGAUGGGCAAAAUGUCUGGAGGAAGACCUGUGGACCUGAAACCGGGCGACGUGACCAGCAAACGCAGUCUAUGGGAAAACAAAGGUUCCUCUGCUACCAGGCCGUCCCCUUGCUAAUUGUCGACAGAUCUGAAAACCUUGAGGAGAGCAUCUAUCUUUCUCUCAUUCACUGCACUGAGAACAGGAAGUUCAGAGCUAUCCAGAGCUACUGAUUGUAGCUGAAGUCAUCAAAUGUGAAGGCUAGGGUAUACUUUGAUUUAUCGUGUGCUGUUCCGUCUCGCACACUGUCAGGUGCUCAGCCUUUUUAUAGUAUAAUCUUUUGACCACAAGCCCAUAUGGAAGUUUUCAAUGCACGCACUUUACGACUGCUUUAUGAUACUCUUUUAGCACAGUUAACAGCUGGCACAUGCGCCAAUGAUGUGCAAGGAUGCAGCAUGCCUAGAAAAACUAGGCUGCACGUGGACAGUCCAUGCGGAGUGUGUUGACGAUGAAAUUUGCAUCACACGCACUGUGCGCUAGACAUACCAGCACGCGGAAAACCAAAGUAUACUUUGACCUUUACUACUUGCUUUUUUCAUAACGUCCCAUAGGAAUGAACUGGAGAUUUAUGUGAUGAAAUGGAGAUUAAAUUAAUUUCAGUAAAAUGUUCUUUUAAUUUGGUGAAAAUUGAUUGGGUAUUAUUCAUAUUCAUUUUAAUGAAGUGUGACAUCGCAAAACAUCUUUUAUCUUGUCGUUUUUCUAUAAAGAAAAAUGUAUAGUACUUGAUUACAUACUGCAAAGACUGUGAAUCAGAAUGGAGGCAAAUGCUUAUCACGUCUACUGAAAAGAACAAAGCCCAUUUGAUAGCGAUUACAAGUUAUAACAUUGGUGUAAGUGUAUGGAACCAUAUUCACUACAAUACUGUACACAAUGAGUUACAUUUUUUACCUUAAAGCAAAUUUAGGUGUCCUUACUGAUGUAGCAUGUAAUUCUCCAGAUUUUUUGCUAUAAAAUUUAAAUAUAUUGUUUCUAUACUUCUAUAUCACCAAUUUUAAAUCAAUUGUUUAAUAUUUUUCAAUUGUUUUUAAUGUGAUUACAUCAUUUGCAAUGCUUCGUGAGAUUGUAGUUCAUUCCCUUAUUAAAGACGCCAAGAACACAGUCCUGUACCUUUGGUUUUUGUCCGAUUUUCAACUACUUUUUUGCUUCAAAUUGAAGUUUGUAAUGUUGUGAUUCACCUCAGAGCUGGUUGGUUUCUCACGGCUUAGAACUGUUUUUAUAAAGGAUCUUAAGAAAUGACUAUGGAAGUAAUUAAUGUGAAAAAUGCUUCCAAAACCGAGAUGGCCAAAAAAGUGGGUGGGCACUAUUGCGCUUUAAUCCAUUUCAAACUAUCCAAACAAGCAGUUCUUCAAUAGACUUGCGUUAGAAAAUGUGAUAAUAUGGCAGAUGGCAUUUGCCAUCACCCCUUUACAAUGGUAUUUGCUCAUUGUGAGAAGAUCUGUUUUAACAUAUGGAAGUUGCGCUUGGAACUAGCUGACCAAACAUGGGCCACUGUCCACACACACACACCCCUCACGAAUAGAAACCAGUUCCAACGCUUACAUGAGUUGAUCCAAUCAUCUGAACCUGAAAAGGCAUUCCCACAGGCCCUUGCCUUCUGUUAAGGCACAUUUGUAUAUGUGGAUGAUGUUGCACAGAUCACACCGAUAAUAAUUCUAGUCAUUCGUAGCUCUAUGUUUGGCCGUGCCAAGGGGAACGGGCACAAUAGAAGCUAUGGCUAGAUUGUGAGGAAGGCGUCAAGAUCAGGCCAAGGCCGUGGUAGGCCACAGACUGCAGUUUUGGACCAGAGCAUUUAAAGGACCGUUAAAUAGUGACGUAAAAGCCUAAUAAAGUAAAAUAUGUGGUCAUAACCACACUGAUGUUACCAAAACCAGCAGAGAUAAUGGGUCAUGCCUGGCAAGAAUGAACCUUCACUUGUAUGUGAAUUUGGAAAAAGAGCACUGUAUGUAACCACGCUAAGCAUGUUCCUGUCAUUGUACACGCAGCAUGUCAGCCACUAGCUCUUUCACUAAUGAAUUUUUGGAGCACAAAUGCACACAAUAUGAGAAAAAAUGUAUGUAAAAAUGAAAUGUUGCAUGAAAUGUGAAGACAUUAAUGGAAUACUAGGAGGUUGGGCUGGAAACCCUGCUGAAGAAAAAACAAACAGCCAAAGGGGAUUUGCUGGUCUUAGCUGGUUUGAGCUGGUUUAAAGUGCCUAAAUGUCUUUUCAAAUGUUACACCAGUCAACAGACAAACUAAGAACAGUAAACCGGGCUGUUUUUAGAUGUUUUCAGCAGGGAUGGGUUUUGCAAAACAGUUAAGCAAUGCUAAUUAGCAAGUUAGCAUUUAUUUUUAAUAAUCUUUUUCUUUCUUUCUCUCUCUCUCUCUCUCUCUCUCUCUCUCUCUCUCUAUUCUUUCAUCCUUUCUUUCUUUUGAUUUGU